AUGUCGCCCGCUAUCGCAGCUAAGGAAGGUGGGCGGCAGCGCCGGCCCGGGAGCCACCAUAACUGCCUGGACGUGAGGAGCGAGGAGCCGCCCGCCUUGGCCCUCUGCGGGGACGGGCUAGCAGGCGAUGAGACCGAGGAGCUGCUGCAGCCGCCAGAGACGGGGUUGAGGCGGGCGAAGGGGUUCCGUGCAGAGUUGGGCAGCAUCUUGCUGCUCUUGGUGCUCUACGUGCUGCAGGGCAUCCCGUUGGGGCUAGCCGGCAGCGUGCCGCUGAUCCUGCAAAGCAAGAACGUCAGCUACACCGACCAGGCCUUCUUCAGCUUCGUCUUCUGGCCCUUCAGCCUCAAGCUGCUCUGGGCACCCUUGGUGGACGCCGUCUACCUGCGGGGCUUCGGCCGCCGCAAGUCCUGGCUGGUGCCCACGCAGUACGUGCUGGGGGUCUUCAUGAUCUAUAUGUCCACGCAGGUGGACAUGCUGCUGGGCGACGGGGAGGGCCGCGGCCCCGACGUGGUGGCCCUCACGGUGACUUUCUUCCUCUUUGAGUUCCUGGCGGCGACGCAGGACAUCGCGGUGGACGGCUGGGCCCUGACCAUGUUGUCCAGGGAGAACGUGGGCUACGCCUCCACUUGCAACUCCGUGGGCCAAACGGCUGGAUACUUCCUGGGCAAUGUCCUCUUCCUGGCCCUCGAGUCGCCCUCCUUCUGCAACAAGUACCUGCGGUUCCAGCCCCAACCCCGGGGGAUUGUCACCCUCUCAGAUUUCCUGUUCUUCUGGGGAGCUGUCUUUUUAAUUACCACUACACUGGUUGCCCUUCUGAAGAAGGAGAACAAGGAACUAACACCAACAAAAGAAGAAACAAAAGGCAUCACUGAUACAUACAGGCUGCUAUUCUCAAUCAUCAAGAUGCCAGCAGUUCUUACUUUCUGCCUCUUGAUUCUGACAGCUAAAGUUGGAUUUUCAGCAGCAGAUGCUGUCACAGGACUCAAGCUGGUGGAAGAGGGGGUCCCAAAAGAGCACUUAGCUCUGCUGGCAGUUCCAAUGGUUCCUUUGCAGAUAAUACUGCCUCUGAUUAUCAGCAAAUACACAGCAGGCCCCCAGCCACUGAACACAUUCUACAAAGCUAUGCCUUUCAGAUUGCUGUUUGGUCUGGAAUUUGCAUUUCUGGUCUGGUGGACCCCUACAGUCAGACAUGAAGGAGGAUUUCCUGUUUACUACUACAUUGUAGUACUGUUGAGUUAUGCUUUACAUCAGAUCACCCUGUACAGCAUGUACGUUGCAAUCAUGGCUUUCAACGCCAAGGUCAGCGACCCCCUGAUCGGAGGGACCUACAUGACUCUGCUCAACACCGUCUCCAACCUGGGGGGCAACUGGCCUUCCACGGUGGCACUCUGGCUGGUGGACCCACUCACAGUCAAAGAGUGUGCAGGGGCCCAGCAUCACACCUGUGGAACUACAGCUGCUGCAGAACUCUGCACCCAGGCAGGCGGUUCCUGUGUCACUACCUUGGACGGUUACUACGUGGAGUCCAUCAUCUGUGUCAUUCUGGGCUUUGCUUGGUGGUGCCUGCUUGGGCCAAAGUUUAAAAGGCUGCAGGAGGAAGGACAAUCUUCCUGGAAGUGCAAGAGGACCAACUGA